CCCAAAACCAAGAUGUCUGCCCCAACUGCCAUAAACCCGCAGCAGCGAGAGGGAGUUCUUGAAUCGGCAACAAAGAUCAAGCAACUCUCACAAGAGCCUGGAAACUUCCUGAUCGAUCUAUUGGUUCAACAGCAACAGUUCACUUCCAUCAAAUGGCUACUCCAUUUCAAGAUCCCGGAGAUGAUCCCUGUCGCACCGAAGGGCAUCUCCUACGAUGAUCUUUCCAGCCGGACUGGUAUCUCCUCCAACACGAUCCGAGCAGUGGCCCGAAUGGCCAUGACAGCGGACUUUCUAGCUGAAACAAAAGACGGAUUAUCAACUCACAGCCAGCUAUCUCGCUCCUUGGUAGAGGACCAAGACCUAGCGAACUGGCUUUCUUACGUCGUCAACCGCAAUGUGCCCAUGACAUAUGGAUUCAUUGAGGCAACCGAACGCUGGCCAAACACGACAUCCGUGACUGAGACUGCGUUCAAUGUCUCUUCCAAAACCGAGCUCUCGUUUUUCGAUUGGCUGGAAGCCAACCCAAAGAUGGGUACGGAAUUCGGCGAGUACAUGAAGAGUCAAGCCGCCGCCACCACGGACGGAGGCGUGGAACAUUUGGUGAACGGAUUUGACUGGAAAUCCCUGGGCAAGGCGACCAUUGUUGACGUUGGCGGUGGAGAGGGUGACGCAUCGUUCGCAUUGGUGCACGCCUAUCCUGAGUUGCGUCUUAUCGUCCAGGAUUUGAGCCAUGCCAAAGCAGGCGCGCAGGCCAAGAUAGCUGCGCUGGAUGCGCCCAUCAAGAGUCGUGUGGAAUGGCAAGAGUAUGAUUUCCGUGAGGUGCAACAAGUCAAGGGAGCGGACGUGUAUUUCUUGCGCACAGUCCUUCACAACUGGCCCGAUGAUGGUGCUGUGAAGAUUCUCCAGAGGGUCGUCGAGGCUAUGGGGCCAUCUAGCAGGAUCAUCAUUAUGGACAUGGUUCUUCCCACUCCCGGCGAUAAGCGAGUUUUCGAGGGCGCGCUACGCCAGAAGGAUCUUAUGAUGAGGCAGGCUUUCAACGCCCCUGAGCGCGAGGUCGAGGAUUGGUAUUCGCUUGUUGGAAAGGUGGAUAAGCGACUUGAGCUUGUGGCGAUUACACGCCCAGAGGGUAGUGUACAUUCUCUUUUGGAGAUCAAAUUGCGCAACUAG